AAUAUUAUAUUAACAUUGUUUUAAUGACAAUUAGUUUAUGCCUGACUUAUAGUAAUUGUAUUGAUGUGAAGACAACAUCGGGUGUAGUGAGGGGUCAGACGAUAGAUGUGUUGAACGUAAGUAUUGACCAGUUUUUGGGUAUACCUUAUGCCGAACCACCCGUCGGGAGACUCCGGUUCGCCAAACCUGAACCCAUCAAAACACUCAAACCGGAUAUAAUCGAUGCGACAAAACCUAAAAACUCUUGCACUCAAGACAAGAGCGCUUUACCACCGGAAGCGCCUAUAAGUGAAGACUGUUUGGUAUUAAACAUAUGGACACCAAAUGCGGGCAAUAAUAACACAAACAAAUCACAGCUCAAACCCAUUAUGUUUUGGAUACACGGAGGGGGUUAUACCGGGGGCUCAAUAUUUAUGGAUAUAUAUAACGGAAAAGUUUUGGCCACAAAUGAUGUGAUGAUUGUCUCAACAAACUAUAGGUUAGGACCGUUUGGUUUCCUAUACGGGGAUCGGGAGGACGCGCCCGGAAAUGUUGGACUCUAUGACCAGUUAUUGGCUCUCAAAUGGGUUAGAGAAAAUGCUGAACAGUUUGGCGGAGAUAGGGAUCAGAUCACUAUAUUUGGUGAGAGCGCCGGGAGUUGGUCCGUAUCGACACAGAUAUUCAGUCCGUUAACAAAGGGCUUAUUCAAGAGGGCUAUUAUGGAAAGCGGGGCCAUUGUGUACAGCAAAAGCCGGGACCCGAUCAGCACCGGUGAGGCCUUACAGGCGGCCAAAGAUAUGGCAAAACAUUUUAAUUGUAGUGAAUCUGAGGAUUGGUUACAAUGUUUACGAGGAUUGCCGGCCGAUAAGCUACAGACGGUCACAAUCUUCCCGACAUUCCCGGUCUUAGGGACUGAAUAUUUGCCUAUUUCUGCCCAAAAAGCGUUUGCAGAGAAAAACUUUCGGACAGAUAUUGAUCUACUGACAGGGCUCGUGAGGGACGAGGGUUCAAACCUCGCCGAGCUUAUGGUCGGACCUUUGCCUAACCCCCUGACCGUACAGUCAUUCAAACAAUACAUUAAUAAAACCAACGCUAUAUACCGGGGUCUCGAUGUCCAGCUAUGGACAGACUAUUACUUGCAAAAUGUGAACCAAUCGGACCCCCGGGCCCUGCGCUGGGCUUUCUAUAACUUUUUCGGGGACAUCACAAACAAAUGUCCGACAUAUUUGUUUGCCAAACAAUUUUACUUAAACCGGGAUCAAUCUCAUAAUGUAUAUUUUUAUGAGUUAACGUUUGAAAAUGCUGUAAUCGCUAAACUUAUGAAGUGCGAUCCAGAGACCAUGGGCAUUUGUCACGGUAUGGAUAUACCAUAUGUGUUUGGCUUACCGUUGACUACACCGGGAUUUACACCCGACGAUCUUGCGCUCAGUCGUGCGGUUAUGACAAUGUGGACACGUUUAUGCCUGACUUAUAGUAAUUGUAUUGAUGUGAAGACAACAUCGGGUGUAGUGAGGGGUCAGACGAUAGAUGUGUUGAACGUAAGUAUUGACCAGUUUUUGGGUAUACCUUAUGCCGAACCACCCGUCGGGAGACUCCGGUUCGCCAAACNUAUUGACCAGUUUUUGGGUAUACCUUAUGCCGAACCACCCGUCGGGAGACUCCGGUUCGCCAAACCUGAACCCAUCAAAACACCCAAACCGGAUAUAAUCGAUGCGACAAAACCUAAAAACUCAUGCAUUCAAAACGUGUCAUUACUUGUCCCAAAUCUAACGAUCAGUGAAGACUGUUUGGUAUUAAACAUAUGGACACCAAAUGCGGGCAAUAAUAACACAAACAAAUCACAGCUCAAACCCAUCAUGUUUUGGAUACACGGAGGGGGUUAUACCGGGGGCUCUAUAUUUAUGGACAUUUUUAACGGCAAAGUUUUGGCCACAAAUGAUGUGAUGAUUGUCUCAACAAACUAUAGGUUAGGACCGUUUGGUUUCCUAUACGGGGAUCGGGAGGACGCGCCCGGAAAUGUCGGACUUUUUGACCAGUUAUUGGCUCUCAAAUGGUUAAGAGAAAAUGCUGAAAAAUUUGGCGGAGAUAGGGAUCAAAUCACUAUAUUUGGUGAGAGCGCCGGCAGUUGGUCCGUAUCGAUACAGAUAUUCAGUCCGUUAACAAAGGGUUUAUUCAAGAGGGCUAUUAUGGAAAGCGGGGCCAUUGUGUACAGCAAAAGCCGGGACCCGAUCAGCACCGGUGAAGCCUUACAAUCGGCCAAAAAUAUAGCAAAACGUUUUAAUUGCAGUGAAUCUGAGGAGUGGUUACAGUGUUUGAGAGAAAUACCGGUCGAUAGGCUACAGACGGUCACAAUCUUCCCGACAUUCCCGGUCUUAGGGACUGAAUAUUUGCCAUUUUCUGCUCAAAAAGCUUUUCAAGAGAAGAAUUUUAGGACAGGCUUAGUGAGAGAUGAGGGCUCAAGUUUGGCAGAGACUAUGGUCGGACCCCUACCUAACCCUCUAUCCGUCCAGUCAUUUAAACAAUACAUUAAUAAAACCAACGAUAUAUACCGGGGUCUCGAUGUCCAGCGAUGGACAGACUAUUACCUGCAAAAUGUGAACCAAUCGGACCCCCGGGCCCUCCGCUGGGCUUUCUAUGACUUUUUUGGUGACAUCACAAUGAAGUGUCCGACUUAUUUGUUUGCCAAACAAUUUUACUUAAACCGGAAUAAGUCACAUAAAGUUUAUUUUUAUGAGUUAACUUAUGAAAAUCCUAUAAUAGCUAAACUUUGGAAGUGCGAUCCAAAGACCAUGGGCAUUUGUCACGGUAUGGAUAUACCAUAUGUGUUUGGUUUACCGUUAACUACACCGGGAUUUACAGCCGAAGAUCAGUCGCUUAGUCGCGCGGUUAUGACAAUGUGGACACAGUUUGCAAAAUACGGCCUGGCUAUCAAUAUGUGUCAUAUGGCAGUUGUCGUCCAUUUCCACGAUCUGAAACCUGAUGUCAGCGAAUGUGUUCGCAUGUAUUGCCGCCACACUUGUAUUGGCCAAUUGUAA